AUGACUCCCCACCCUUUCGAUCAGCUCUCCGUUCAGGAGAUGGAGAGCGUUGUGCGAGUGGUCAAGUCCAACCAUUCGGGCAAGUCUCUUCACCUCAAGUCCAUUGGCACCGAGGAGCCUCCCAAGGCGCUGAUGGCUCCUUUCCUUGCAGCCAAGCGGGCUGGCAAGAACCCCGUUCCCCCCCCUCGAAUCGCACAUGUCAUCUACUAUGUUCUGGAGGACAAGUUGGUGAACCAGUGCUGGGUCGAUGUUCCUUCCGCCAAGGUUGUCAAGUCCGAGGUGCUCAAGAAGGGCAUCCAUCCUCCCAUUGAUCCCUGGGAGGCCAACGAGGCCUUCGAGGCCGCCUUUGACCAUCCUCUGGUCAAGGACGCCAUCAAGAAGUGCGGCGUGGAGCAUCUGAUCGACAACCUCACAAUUGACGGCUGGAUGUACGGCUGUGACAGCGAGAUUGACAUGCCCCGGUACCUGCAGAUGCUGGUCUACUGCCGAGAUCCCAAGACCAACCACCAGGACUCCAACAUGUACGCCUUCCCCGUUCCGUUUGUUCCUGUCUACGACGUGCUGGAGAAGAAGCUCGUUCGAGUCGACUAUUGCGCCACCGGUGGAGACGAUGACGACGCUGCCGUCGAGGGCGUUGGCAACUACGACACCCGACCCGAGGGAAAGAACUGCAUCGAGCACUGUGUCACCAACGACUAUCUUCCCGAGCUUCAGGACAAGAUGCGAACCGACCUCAAGCCCUACAACGUGUUGCAGCCCGAGGGUCCCUCUUACCACAUUGACAGUGACGGCUACAUCAACUGGCAAAAGUGGCACUUCAAGGUCGGAUUCACUCCCCGAGAGGGUCUGGUGAUCCACGAUGUCCACUACGACGGCCGAUCCACCUUCUACCGACUGUCCAUGUCCGAGAUGGCGGUUCCCUACGCCGAUCCCCGGCCCCCUCUGCACCGAAAGAUGGCGUUUGAUUUCGGCGACUGUGGAGGUGGAAAGUGCGCCAACGAGCUGACUCUGGGCUGCGACUGUCUUGGUACCAUCCGAUACUUUGACGGCAACGUGUGCGACCCCGAGGGCAACGUGUUCACCCGAAAGAACGUCAUCUGUAUGCACGAGCAGGAUGACGGUAUCGGCUGGAAGCACACUAACUACCGAACCGACGUGGUUGCCAUCACCCGACGACGAAUUCUGGUUCUGCAGACCAUUCUGACCGUGGGCAACUACGAGUACAUCUUUGCCUGGCACUUUGACCAGUCUGCCGGAAUCCAGCUGGAGAUCCGAGCCACCGGAAUCGUCUCCACCCAGCUUAUCGACGCCGGCAAGAAGUCCAAGUUUGGCACCAUUGUCUCUCCCGGAGUCAUGGCCGCCUCUCACCAGCACAUUUUCAACGUGCGAAUGGACCCUGCCAUUGACGGCCAUCAGAACACAGUUGUGGUCAACGACACCGUUGCUCUGCCCUGGGACGCCAAGAACCCCCAUGGAAUCGCCUUUGAGAACACCAAGACCCCCAUCGAGAAGUCGUGCUACCUGGACUCGGACAUCCAGAAGAACCGGUACCUCAAGAUCUGCAACGAGAACAAGAUCAACCCCAUCUCCGGCAACCCCGUGGGGUACAAGAUUGGAGGUCUGGCCACCGCCAUGCUGUACGCUCAGCCCGGCUCCGUUUCGCGAAACCGAGCCGCCUUUGCCACCCACCACUACUGGGUCACCAAGUACAAGGACCAGGAGCUGUUUGCCGGUGGCGUGUGGACCAACCAGUCUGCCAACGAGGUCGGCGGAGUCCAGGAUGCCGUUGCCCGAAACGAGAACGUGCGAAACGACGACGUGGUUCUCUGGCACUCCUUUGGUCUCACUCACCACCCCCGAGUCGAGGACUUCCCCGUCAUGCCUUGCGAGAUUAUGAAGAUCCAUCUGUCGCCCAACGAUUUCUUCACCGGCAACCCUUCUGUUGACGUGCCCAAGUCCAACCAGACUUUCAAUCGAUCCGUCGAGGUCAAGGACUGUCGAUCUUGCAAGAUCUAG